CUAAUCCUCCGCAAUGGAUCUCUCGAUGGCGAUGUGGAUGGCGGCGGUCGUCGGCGCUGUCACUGUCUACGACGAUUUAGGGAGUAUCAGAGCAGUAACACAAUAAGAAGGUUGAGGCGACCAUCUUCUCACAUUGCACUCAGAUGUGCUCAACCAUCUUCUCACAUACUCUCCCCUCUCCGUCAAGGUCGAGCGGAUAUGGUCCGGAUCCAAGAACGCUUGAUACUCCGACCGCUUAACUCUCUCAAUCCCCUUCUGCCUUGACUAUAUCAAAUAUGAGAAUAAUCGAAGACCCCCCUAUUUGAGUUAUUGUCGUUUUCUUUUUUUGCCCUAAUUGGAAUCGGAUUCCUUUCAGGGUAUGUAAUCUACAACGCGCUCCACAGCGCCGGAUGUCGUCUUUUCGCUCCACCCUACUUCCGCGCUCUCAUGGUCCAACCGGCACCCCUCCGCUCUUCACUCUCCCUCUUUUGUUAGAGUUCCUGCGAUCCGCUCCUUCGGCUAAGCGCAAGAUGGCCAACCCCUUCCUCCUCUUCUUGCCGAUCGCGUCUUGGUUUCUACAGAUUUGGGCAUCGGAUGUGCUGUUCUACGAGUCGUUUGAUGAACCUUUUGAUGGUCGGUGGAUCGUCUCAAGGAAGGGGGACUAUGGAGAACGAGUGAAUGAACCAGUAAAAGCUCGAAAAAUCCACGUCGUCAGAGAAAUGAAGAUCCAGAGAAAUAUAAUGACGACAAGCAAAGAUCGACAAGAUCCAACGACAGCAACCGUGAGAGUAAACCUGCUGAAAGAGCUGCGAGAAAUCCUACAUCAGACAGGAGGUUGGCAUCGGAAGUUGCAUGUUCCAGCUCUUGGUUCAACAUUCACAUCUGAUGUACAUGUCGGAGAAUUGGAAACCCGACUAGAUGUUGAUUUUGCAUCUUCAAGAGACUCUACCAGGUCGUUAAGCCAUAUUUGGAACUUCAGCCUUUCAGAUCUAACAACCGACCGCGAAAACUUAGAUCUUGGAGCAAUUGGCGACUACAGUGACUCCCCAUUCCUUUCAUUUGGUUCAGAUCUCUUGCUCGAUUUGCCAGUUGAGGAUGAUUUGAGUAUUUUGCUGAUCAAAUAAGUGGCUCGAGCUUGCAGUCAGGUGAAGAUAAAGCAUAUAUAAACAGGGCUGAGGAAACAAAUUAGUGGACCUCCAGUAAUAGUUCAUACAAUUUCAUUGCCUUUUCCAUAAUCAGAGAGCUUAAACUGCAACUAUGUUCUACUGUUAGAGAUUUAGUUAGUGCAGGUAUCAAACAAAAGGAAAUGCUGUUAUUCUCAGCAAUGUAUUAUUAUACUCACUGAAUCAUGUACAGGACAAAAAAAUCAACUGAAAUACCCUAAACUUGUAAGAUUUCACUGUCAACCUCUUCAUCGAUAAGUCAUGUUCAAACAUUGUGCAAGGCUUGCAAAUGACAUGAGGCCUUCUCAUGAUGAUGUAGCAGUGCCACCUUUUGCUGAGUGGGAUGAGAAUGAUCCGGUGUCCGGUGAGAAGUACACUGGCAUCUUCAAGUUGAUAGCUGAAAAU